CAAAUCAUGAGGUAUGCCUAUCAUCGUCAUCCAUGGCAGUAGAGCGACAUAUUAUUUUAGUUGCCACUGGAAAUAAACGUGGGAUAGACCACUGGAUCGGUCUGCUGCUGCUAGGUUCCUCAUGAUAUGGAGAGACGCAAGGCAGUUAUGAGAGAGAGAGAGGGAAAAAUCAGUGCUACCCACUCCUCGGCGUCGUUGCAGUUACUAUUAGCUAUAAGAAAUCAUUGGCAUGUGUGCAUUCAUUUUUUUUGCCUCCUCGGUUGCUAUGCAUGUAUCCAUGUUGCUUGCCAUCUUAACUGUCCAAUCCUCCGUCUUCCAAGAAGCAACAAUUUGGGCGGCUUUAAAAAUUUUCCGCUUGCUAUAUUCUCUAUUCCCUCCAGCCAUACCAUGCCUCCUCCUCUCUAUAAGUACAUGGCCAUGGUGAGCCUGCCGCGUGUCGGCUAGCGCGUGACGGGUGACUUAGACUUUGACUCUUGCUCGGAGAGGAGAGGAGAGGAGGCUGCCAUGCUCUCAGCUUGAUCGGCCAUGACACCAUAGAGGAGAGGAGGCGAGACGAGCACCGUCGUCACCGGCCGGCUGGAGGUGACCAUGGUGAUUUGGUUAGAGGCGAUCGUCUCUGUCGUUACUGAAUGACAGCGAUGAAGGCUUAGCAUGCAGGUACCUACUAUUCUCGUUUAAAAAAAAGUAGAUUAGCCUCCGACCAGACGAUAAUUUCAGCAGAGAGCGUGUAGAUAAGUUCUUCUGAGAAGAAAGUGUGAGCUGAUGGAUGUGUUUUUGUUUUGUAAAGAAAAGAAGGUUUCGUGGGCGCUCGGCUGUAUUAGUAGUUCAGUUCAGGGGACCUUUUUUUGUUUCUGUUUUCCCGAACAACCAAAGUGAACGCGACUUCGCUCACUUCAGAAAUGAGGGGUUUCGUAGCGCGCGUGUUCUUCUUUUCAGUCACUGUCUCCGACGGCGCCGCCCCCACCGGAUCCGGCAGGUUCCAGCUGCUCAGCUGGAACCGCACCGCGUCGGCGUGGGCCACGCUCGCGUCGUGGCCGUCCGUCGCCUGCAGCGCGUACGGGAGCUGCGGCGCGUACGGGUACUGCGACGUCACGGUGUCGCCGGCACCCGCGUGCAGGUGCCCCGACGGGUUCGAGCCGGCGAGCGCGGCGGAUUGGAGCGCCGGCAGGUUCGGGCAGGGGUGCCGGCGAAAGGAAGCGCUCCCGCCGUGCGGCAGCGGAGAGGAUGGUUUCUUGCCGAUGCGGAGCAUGAGGGUGCCGGACAAGUUCGUAGUGCAGGGCGGCAAUCGGAGCGCGGAGGAGUGCGCGGCGAGCUGCGUGGCGAGCUGCUCGUGCGUGGCGUAUGCGUACGCCAGCCUCCAGAGCAGCAGCGCCAAAGGUGACGUCAGUCGGUGCCUGGUGUGGGUCGGGGAACUCGUCGACGCCAUGAUGAUCGGCGCGCAGUGGCGAUCCACUGCUGAGACGCUCUACCUCCGCGUCCGCGUUGCCCCAGCUUCCACAGGUAAGAAGGCAAGCAAAAAUGCAGUGAAAAUAGCAGUGCCGGUGAUAGCAGGUGUGCUGCUGCUGACAUCCUUUUUCUUUGUAUGGUUCUUCAGAGAAAAGAAAAAGAAAACCAAGAGCCAGAAGAAGCAAAUGCCCGUGAGCGUGAAUACUUCGACUGAAAUUGUAGAAGGAGACCACACCGAAGAUCUUGAGUUCCCGCUGAUACAGUUCGCCGACAUCAUUGCUGCCACGGGCAAUUUCUCCAAGACAUUCAUGAUCGGGCGCGGAGGGUUCGGCAAAGUUUACAAGGCGACAUUAGAGAGCGGUCAGGUGGUUGCUGUGAAGAGGCUGAGCAAAGAUUCAAACCAAGGAGCAGAGGAGUUCAAGAACGAAGCCAUCUUGAUCGCAAAACUGCAGCAUCGAAACUUGGUUCGUCUCCUUGGCUGCUGCACAGAGGGAGCAGAGAAGCUGCUCAUCUACGAGUACUUGCCCAACAAAGGCCUGGACGACAUCCUUUUCGACAGUGCUAGGAAAUCGGUGCUGGAUUGGCCGACGAGGCUGGGGAUCAUAAAGGGCGUGGCGAGGGGGCUGCUCUACCUCCACCAGGACUCGAGGUUCACGGUGAUACACAGGGAUCUCAAGGUGAGUAACGUGCUGCUGGAUGCAGACAUGAGGCCCAAGAUCGCCGACUUCGGCAUGGCCAAGAUCUUCUACGAGGACCAGGUGAACGCCAAUACCAGGCGCGUCGUCGGAACAUAUGGGUAUAUUGCUCCUGAGUACUCAGCGGAGGGCCUCUUCUCCAUCAAGUCCGACGUGUAUAGCUUGGGCGUUCUCAUCCUGGAGAUCGUGAGCGGCGUCAGGAUAAACUCUCCCGACGGCAUCAAGGACUUUCCCAGCCUUAUAGUCUAUGCGUGGCACCUCUGGAGGGAAGGUAAAGCUGUUGAGCUGCUAGAUCCGUCCUUGGCAGAGAGCUGCUCGCCGGACGAGGCUUUGCUCUGCAUCCAUGUCGGCCUCCUGUGCGUCCAGGACGACCCCAACAGGAGGCCGAUCAUGUCAUCUGUCGUGUCCAUACUGGAGAACGGAAGCGCGUCGGCCACCGCUUCGUUGUGGCUCCCGAUGCCAACCCAGCCUGCCUAUCUCGGAAUGAUGGGAGAGACGGCCGAACUAGAGAACAGCAGGAACACCAUGGCCAUGACAGUUAUUCAGGGUCGGUAACACAGUAGCUGCAACAUUUUGGAGAAGGAAGUCGCACUAGUCAUAGUGUUCAUAUUCUUAAUGGAGGAAACUUCAGAUUUGUAGAGCAUAGGUAGCAGAAAAUAUAGAAGCCAGUU